AGGAUGGCCCUGCCCAACACCACGGCGGUGACGGCGGCGACGACGCCCUUCCUGACCGCGCUGUGGCGGGAGGCGGCCCACCAGGGCGGCAACGUGUCGGGCCCGGCCCGCCGGGCCCUCGGGGACGCCCACGGCGGCAUGGAGGCGCUCUACGUGCUCAUGGUGCUCGGCUUCUUCGGCUUCUUCACCCUGGGCAUCAUGCUCAGCUACAUCCGCUCCAAGAAGCUGGAGCACUCGCACGACCCCUUCAACGUGUACAUCGAGUCCGACGCCUGGCAGCAGAAGGACAAGGCGUACUUCCAGGCCCGCGUCCUGGAGAGCUGCCGGGCCUGCUACGUCAUCGAGAACCAGCUGGCCGUGGAGCGGCCCGAGGCGGGCCUUCCCGAGGCGAAGCCCCCGUCCUGACCCCCGGCCGGCGGACUCGGGGCCCCGUC